UUCUAUAAUUAGUACUGAUUCUCUCUUCCUUUCAACACCUACUCUCUCUCUCUCUCUCUCUCUACUUUCUCUCACCCCAUCUCUUUUCACAGUCUAUAUUUCCACUCUUUUAGUGAUACAUUUUGUUUUAGAAUUUUGUAGGGAGAGGGAAAGUGAGAUUAAUUGAAUUUGAAAAAAGUAAGGAGAACCCAGAUCAUGAAUCGUCCCGGGCGGCGAGUGAAGGAGGAAUUUACGGCGUCGAGUUCAUCAAGGACGACGACGGCGUCUCCUCAGCCAUUGGAAGGGCUACACGAAGCGGGACCGCCGCCGUUUCUGACGAAAACAUAUGAAAUAAUCGAAGAUAUUGGAACAAAUCAUAUUGUGUCUUGGAGUAGAGGCAACAAUAGCUUCGUGGUUUGGGAUCCUCAAUCCUUUUCCUUAACUCUUCUUCCCAAAUAUUUUAAACAUAGCAAUUUCUCCAGCUUCGUUAGACAGCUUAAUACCUAUGGAUUUAGAAAAGUGGAUCCAGAUAAGUGGGAAUUUGCUCAUGAAGGUUUUUUGAGAGGGCAAAAACAUCUUUUGAAGCUGAUUCGGAGGAGGAAAGCCUCGCAACCAAACGCUUCUCAUCAAGCUCCGGAUCCUUGUGUCGAGGUCGGCCGAUUUGGGCUCGACGGAGAAGUCGAUCGGUUGCAACGUGAUAAGCAGGUAUUGAUGGCAGAGGUAGUGAAGCUAAGACAACAACAACAAAACACAAAAACAUGCCUCCAAACAAUGGAACGUCGGUUGAAAAAGACAGAGACAAGACAACAACUAAUGAUGAACUUCUUAGCAAGAGCAAUUCAAAACCCUGAUUUCAUACAACAAUUAAUCCACCAAAAAGACAAGCACAAAGAAUUGGAAGAAGCCAUCAACCGAAAACGAAGACGACACAUCGACCAAGGGCGACCUGACUUUGAAGAUGAAGAAGAAAAAGAAGAUCAUGAUCAUCGUCUACCUCCCUUCGUCAACGAGGACAUCGAAAUGGAUGUCGACUUACUUCCCGUUGCCAACGAAGAGCAUCAAAUGACAUACCAUGUCCCUAAGAAAGAAAUUAUGGAUGAGAAUUACGAGAGAAAUGUUGAUGGUGAAGAUUUGAAUGAAGGGUUUUGGGAGAAUUUGUUGAAUGAGGUCAAUGAAGAAGAUCAUUAUGGAUUUGGAAUUCAUGGCUUUGAGGAACAAAAGGAUUAUAAGGAUGAAGAUCUUCAUGGGAUCAAUAAUGAAUUGGUUGAUCACUUUACUCUUUUUACUUCUACUGAUCUUAAAUAAAUCUACAAUUUUUGUUUA